CCAAGACACCGCAGCGCGGGAGCUUCGACUACCAGCACUACCCUACUCUACUCUCUCGGUGCUCCUCUUCCAUAAUUCUGCUAUCAAGCUGUCUGCGAGGUGGGGAGCAGAAGGUGCAGGACUUGGUGCUGCCUUUGAGGUACAGGAUGGCCUGGGACUCCCUGUGCAGCGGGGACUUACUGCGCCCCAAGAUAAGAAGCACCUCAAGCAGGACACCCAGCAGCCAGGGCAGCGCCGAAACGCCGUCCCUGGAGGAGCUGCGACGCCUGCUCUGGACACGCAAACACCCCACAGGGCACGUGGAUGAAGUCUGGCCAAACCUCUACGUGGGAGACCUGUACGUCGCUCGUGACAAAGCACAGCUGAGCCGACUGGGCAUCUCCCACGUUGUGGAUGCCACUGCCGGGCGACUUCACAUCGACACGGGACCCAAGUUCUACAAAGAUCUGCUGGUGGAUUACUAUGGAGUAGAGGCAGAGGACAACCCAAACUUUGACCUCAGCAUUUACUUCUAUCCAGUUGCACGAUACAUAAGAGCAGCACUGAAUUCCCCAAGAGGCAAAGUGCUAGUUCACUGCGCAAUGGGAAUCAGCCGAUCGGCGACUCUCGUCCUCGCUUUCUUGAUGAUCUGCGAGGACAUGUCCCUUGCUGAGGCAAUUCAGACCGUCAGCUCACACAGAGGGAUCUGCCCCAACUCCGGCUUCCUCGAGCAGCUUCGGCAGCUGGAUCUCCAGUUACGAAGGGGGAAAGGCAGAGGAGCAGAGGCCUGUUAGUGCCCAGGGGGCACGUCUCCGGGCACGGGACCGAGAGAUGUUGCCCUCACCGAGGACAGUGCAAGGAUGUUGUCAGGACUGCUCCACGGCCACACUGAGAAGCUCCUUGGGAAACGGCUGAGCACGAGCAAGGUGGCGGGAGUUCGGUAUUUAUUUUUUGGA